AUGAAGUAUGGACUUAUAGGCCUCGUUGCCGCGGCGUUUGCCAGCAAGGGCAUGUCUGCGGUCCUUACACAAGCCGGUUAUGAGUGGUUCAUCGCCAAUUGGACUGGUCAUUACUUUAACAUUACUGGGCCUGACUUUGACUAUGGCACGGGAGGGAGGUCUAUUCCAAGGUUCAAUGCUCAUUGCAAAGGCUACGGGUCUUACGAAUACAAUGAGGGAUAUGUCCCUUUGCGAUACGCGCAAUGUGCUGUUGAGCCCCGUUGGGUCACAGCUGGCUAUUGGGUCCGUCAGCCACCCCCAGGAAGUAAACAGCUUACCCUUGGCUUGGUGGUUCGUCUCAGUCGAGGAGAUGAGACCAUGUGGGAUCUUUUCUCCAAUGUUGACCAAGCCUACACGCGAAACGAUGAAACCCUUCCGGCCUUUUCGGCCAAUAUUACCAAUGCUUCGCAGGUAGCGUAUAUCGAUCCUUCGUAA